AUGCCCCUUACAACCGCCUUUUCCCUUUCCACUCUCACACCUCCAAUCCAUCAACUGCCAGUCUCGCCUCCCAUCACCCUCAUACUCGCCUUCCUCGCCUACCUUCUCCUCGUCUCCACUCUUCGCUUGCAGCGCGCGCGCAAUCUUUACCGCGACUACCCACAGUAUGCAAACCGUGCAUCUAUGUCCCAAAUGACCGUCCAUGAUGCAUGGGCCAUACAAAAGAACAUAAUGCAACUCGAGUUCCCUACGACUGCAGUGAAAGCCCUUCAGUUUGCACUCUUUCGGACAUACGGCAUCCCGACCAUCUCUUCCCUACUUCUGCAUACUUCCCAACUUUCAGACCCCGCCACCUCCUUCAAGCGCUAUGCAGAUACGGGUGCCCUUAUCGGUCAGUUCGUGACAUGCCCUCCUACUUCCUCUCGUGCGCGCACUGCCAUUGCCCGAACCAAAUUCCUACACUCCGGAUACCGUGCCAGCGGUAGAAUCCUCGAGUCUGACAUGCUCUAUACUCUGAGCCUAUUUGCCACAGAACCCAUCCGCUUUGUGGAGCGGUUCGAGUGGAGGGCAAUGACGGAGUUGGAACAGUGUGCUAUUGGAACUUACUGGAAAAGCCUGGGAGAUGCGUUGGAUAUCAGCUAUCAUGCGUUACCGUCGGGAAAAAGCGGGUUCAGAGAUGGCCUGCAUUUCUUGGAAGAGCUCCGGCAGUGGAGUGACCAUUAUGAAGAAGAGAACAUGAGACCCGACCACCGGAACAGACUGGUCGCGAACAAGACGAUGGAUGUCAUUGUUUACGGAUUUCCCGAGUGGGUGAGAGGCGUCGCCGUCGGCUUCGCCACCUGUGUGAUGGACAAUAGAUUGCGGGAAGCAAUGAUGUACGAGGCGCCACCCAUGUGGUAUCGGAGGAUUUUUAUGGGGCUAGUAGCCCUACGGAAGUAUUUUCUGCGAUACUUUGGGCUUCCUCGGCCGAUGGUUCUCCGACAAGAGGUUUUCAGCGAUACUCCUAAUGAGGAGGGUCGGUAUUAUGUUCGAAUUUGGAAAGGAGUGCCAUACUACGUGCAACCCACCGUCUGGAACCGCUGGGGUCCAGCGGCGUGGUUGACGUGGGCCCUAGGCCUUCCACUUCCCGGCGAUGAUGGCGAAACCUACUACCCCGGGGGCUUUGAUGUAGCCAAUUUGGGACCGAGGUACUUCGAAGGAAAGGGACGAAAGUCCGUAGGUGAGUGUGUAGAUGUAUUGGAAAAGGAACACAGGGGACAGUGUCCCUUUGGCAGUAACAGUAACCAGUCAAAGUUACAUUUUCGUGGCCAGUUCUAG